UUGAAUUCGCUAACAGCGUGGCUUAUUCAAAUUUUACCAUCAAACUCAGCAAGUAUUGGGUUUGAUACAACCAAACGAGAUGUUUCUUGGAAAAAAUUGGGUGGAUAUGAUCAUGUAAAAUCACGACUUUUCCAGCUAGUGGUAUGGCCAAUUCAAUACCCAGAAGCAUUUUUAAAACUUGGUGUCAGCCCGCCUUCUGGGCUGCUGUUGUAUGGUCCUUCAGGAUGUGGUAAAACCAUGCUUGUUCAUGCUAUUGCUACGGAAUCUAAUAUGAAUUUUAUCACGGUAAAAAGUCAGGAUCUUUUUUCUAAAUAUCUUGGCGAGUCCGAAGCCAAUAUUCGAUCUUUAUUUGCCUCUGCUAGACAGCUUUUGCCUUGUAUUAUCUUUUUUGAUGAGAUUGAUGCAAUUGCAACAAGACGAGAAUGGACAGAAGAUGGAACUGGUGGGGUCAAUGAGCGUGUACUUUCGACACUUUUAAAUGAGAUGGACGGUUUGCAAGAACGCAAGGAAGUCACUAUUAUAGCCUGUACAAACCGACCAGAAAAAUUGGACGAUGCUCUUUUAAGACCAGGUAGACUGGAUAGACAUAUUUAUGUUGGUCUGCCUACAGCAUCUGAUCGAUUGAGUAUUUUAAAAUCGUAUCCUUUAAACGGCACAGCUCUUGUAUUAUCCGAUGAAGAAUACGAAUGCGUUGCUGAGGCAACUAGCAACUACACGGGUGCAGAUAUCGAGUCUCUCAUCAGGGAAGCGGGGAUGUGUGCAAUGAGAGAGUCAACAGAC